AUUUCUUAUAAAGGGUCGCCCACUGCCUUCUUCCCUCUUUAUAUUCGCUUCGUUUCUUCUUUACAUAGACAUGAAUAUCUUAAACCAUUUCUCGUUCCUUCCCUCGUGAAAUGAAUCAAGCGGAAUUGGAGGAAGAAAAGAAGGUGGUAAAAGUAGUAGGAAUAGAGGGGACGAAAUUUAUUUGGAUCUGCUAACGUAUAUCAUGCAUAUAUAUAUAUAAACAAAGGAAGAAGGGAUGGUGGGGAGAGGGCAGAGAUGAGGAGGCGUUCUGCUAUACUUCUGAUGCCGAAGACUGCCAGAUCUUAGGAAAAAAGGCCGAUCAAUCCGCCUUAGAUCGAAGAGAGAAUGGAGUCCGAUCUUGGCAAGCUCUUCAUUGGCGGGAUCUCCUGGGAUACCAAUGAAGACCGCCUACGGGAGUACUUCAAGACUUAUGGGGAGGUGGUUGAGGCUGUAAUCAUGAAGGACCGGACUACCGGCCGUGCCCGUGGUUUCGGGUUCGUCGUGUUUGCAGACCCUGCUGUGGCUGAGAGAGUCCUCAUGGAGAUGCACGUAAUCGAUGGCCGCAAGGUGGAGGUGAAAAAAGCUGUUCCCAGGGUUGAUCAGCACAUCCUUAAUAGAAACAACACCAGUAUUCAUGGUUCUCCAGGUCCUGGCCGCACCAAGAAGAUAUUUGUGGGAGGCUUGCCACCAAAUAUAACAGAGAGUGACUUCAAAAAGUACUUUGAACAGUUUGGGAAUAUCACUGAUGUCGUCGUGAUGUAUGAUCACAACACUCAGAGGCCAAGGGGGUUUGGAUUCGUCACUUAUGACUUGGAGGAUGCUGUGGAUCAGGUAUUGCUUAAAACCUUUCAUGAGCUAAAUGGUAAGAUGGUUGAGGUCAAGAGAGCUGUUCCUAAAGAAUCGUCCCCAGCGCCCAACAUGCGCUCAUCUAUAGGGGGAUGUAAUUAUGGCCUGAAUCGGGUUAAUAGCUUUCUUAAUGGGCAUACUCAGGGUUACAAUUCAAGCUCAGUAUGUGGAUAUGGAAUGAGAAUGGAUGGUAGAUUGGGACCAGUAGCAAGUGCACAGAUUGGGUUCUCUUCUUUUAGUCCUGGUUUCAGUAUGGGGAUGAGUUUUGAGCCUGGUAUGAACACAAGCUUCGCGGGAACUUCAAGCUUCAACAACAACCUUGGAUAUGGGCGAGGUUUGAACCCUUACUAUAGUGGAAAUUCAAGUAGGUAUCAUAGUUCUAUUGGUAAUAUUGGAGGUAGUGGUAAUACUGGGUCAGUUUUUAGUUUAAUGGCUCGUAAUGCGUGGGGUAUUGGUGGCAUUAACUACGCUACAAACUCUGCAAGUUCUGAUGCCUACAUGACCUCAGGAAGUAGGAGUUUCAGUAGCUUUGGCAAUAGUAGCCUGAACUGGGCUGGAUCUUCUUCACUUAUUUCAGCUCAGGGUGGGGGCAAUGGAUCAGACUAUAAUAAUGGAAGCUUGAGUUAUGAAACUGGUGAGAAUAACCUCGGUUUGGGCCCCGGCAGUUUUGGAAGGAGUGGUCGAACUGGAGCUGCUAACACUUCCCUUACUGCAACAACCGGUGGGUAUGAAGGAGAUUAUGCGGAGCUAUAUGGUGGUAGUUCAGUUUAUGGAGACCCAACUUGGCGGUCAGCAUCCUCUGAAUUUGGUGGCACUGGCUCAUUUGAUUACCGGUUUGGGAAUGCCACCUCAGAUAUAACAGGCAAGAGCUCUGUAGCUUAUAUGGGUGGCUAUAAUGUUACUAGUGGACACCCAAAUAGAGAUUCUAAUAUGAGGAAAUUUAUGCUUGGCAGAGGGCUGACAUUUUUGCGUGCAUUUUUUCCAUCUUAGAUAUGUUCUUGUCAAGAUUGGAGCAGAGUUAUUGUGAGUGGAAAUGAAUUGCUGCAUAUGAAGAUUAUGAAGGUUUUGAUUGGUGAAGAAUCCAGUACAUCAGGUGCCUGCCUGCAAAGUUUACAUAUCCCGUAUAUUAUAUGGGUUAGUUAUUCAAAUAGAGCUAACCAGGGAGAUGUUCAGAAAUCCAGAUUUAGAGAAUUUAAAGAUAAAAAGAUUUUGUGUAAGGUUUGGGAUUUGAAUUUAAUUUCUACAUUGGGUGUGCUUUAUUUCUUGGGACUUGGUUGAGAUGUAAUAUCUGAUUGCGGGAUAUAUUCGGAAGAGUGUUCAGAUUUAUGACAGCAAUGUGCCAAAUAAACUUCUAGUAUUGUUCAAAACAAACAGAAAAGAAGGAAAGCAAACUACUUUAAUAUCUGGCAACA